AUGGCUCCCUCUGCCCUGCGAUCACCCCCUCAGCCCCCGCCGCUGUUCACAGGCACGCCCACCUCCGUCGUGGAAGACACAAAGCGCCUCAUUGAGCUCUCGCGUGCCAUCCAGGAUGGCGUCGCCAAAAACGUUACUGCUGAAACAGCCUCCUUCGACAAGGUCGUGCUUCCACUGGCCCGGGACGAGAACACCAUGGCCCUCGAGUCGCAUAUCCUAGGCUUCUACCAGUCCGUCUCAACAGACAGCAAGCUCCGAGAUGCCUCCACCGAGGCCGAGCGGCUCAUGAACGACUUCGGCAUCGAGUCUGCCAUGCGCGAGGACCUGUACAAGCUUGUCGACGCAGCGGUCAAGAAGAACGAGAAGCUCGACCCGGAGUCUCAGAAGUUGCUCGAGAAGGAACACAAAGACUACCUACGUAACGGGCUCGGACUGCCUGCGGGUCCCAAGCGGGACAGAUUCAAAGAGAUCAAGAAGCGGCUGAGCGAUAUUGCCAUUGAGUUCCAGAAGAACCUUAACGAGGAGAACGGCGGGCUGUGGUUUACCAGGGAGCAGCUCGCUGGGGUUCCUGAGGAUGUGCUCUCGGGCCUGAAGAAGGGUGAGGGUGAGAACGAGGGCAAGCUGAGACUUAGCUUUAAAUACCCUGAUCUCUUCCCCACGCUCAAGUACGCUAUUGAGCCCGAGACAAGGAAGGCGGUUAUGAUAGCCAACGAGAACAAGUGCAAUCAGAACAUACCCUUGUUCAAGGAAACGUUGCUUCUCCGUGACGAAGCUGCUAGGUUGCUGGGAUAUCCUAACCAUGCCGCGUUCAGGCUGGAGGAUAAGAUGGCGAAGAACCCCGAGACAGUCGAUAGCUUCUUGGGCGAUUUGCGCUCUAGACUGACGGAUGGCGGGAAGCAGGAGAUCAAGACGCUCAUGGAGAUGAAAAAGAAAGAUGUCGAGACUCAGAAGAAGGCGUUUGAUGGACAUUAUUUCCUGUGGGACCAUAGGUUCUAUGACCGCAUGAUGCUGGAGAAGGACUAUUCUCUCGAUCACCAGCUGAUUGCAGAGUACUUCCCGCUCCAGACUACUAUCCGCGGCAUGCUGGAGAUCUUCGAGCAGAUCUUUGGUCUUGUCUUUGUUGAGAUCAAGGGUGAGGAGAGAGCUAAGAUUUCCAGCUCGGGCAAGGGCGAGGAUAUCGUUUGGCAUGAAGACGUGCAGGUGUUCAGCGUCUGGAACGACGAGGGCGAGGGGAGCGGAUUUGUCGGAUACUUGUAUCUUGACCUGUUCCCUCGCGAGGGCAAGUAUGGCCAUGCCGCUAACUUCAACCUGCAGCCGGGCUUCAUUAAAGAGGAUGGAUCUCGUCGAUACCCUGCCACCGCACUGGUCUGCAACUUCUCCAAGCCAACCGAGAAGAAGCCCAGUCUGCUCAAGCAUGAUGAAGUCGUCACUCUCUUCCACGAGCUCGGCCACGGAAUCCACGAUCUUGUCUCCAAGACCAUCUACUCUCGCUUCCACGGCACCAACACCGUCCGUGACUUCGUAGAGGCUCCCAGCCAGAUGCUUGAGAACUGGUGCUGGACUCCCUCCCAACUCAAGUCGCUUAGCAAGCACUACUCCACCAUUUCACCAGAGUACUACAAGGCGUGGAAGGAACAUGCUGGAGAGAAACCAGAUCCCGCAGCUGAGAUUCCAGACGAUCUGAUUCAGAACCUCAUCAAGACGAAGCAUGUCAAUGCCGCCCUGUUCAACCUGCGACAACUCCACUUUGGAAUCUUCGACAUGACUGUCCAUGAGCCCAAGGACCACGAGGAAAUCAAGGCCAUGAACGUCUCAGAGACGUACAACAAGCUUCGAAAGGAGAUUGCUUCUCUCGACGGACCCGAGGUUCUAGGCCAGGGCUACUCCUGGGGUCACGGAGAAGCUACCUUUGGCCAUCUCAUGGGUGGCUACGAUGCUGGAUACUAUGGCUAUCUCAGCUCCCAAGUAUACUCCACCGACAUGUUCUACACCGUCUUCAAAGACGACCCUAUGAACAAGAAAGAAGGUCGUCGCUACCGCUACUCCGUCCUCGAGAAGGGAGGAAGCCAAGAUGAAAUGACUACCCUCAAGGAAUUCCUCGGCCGUGAACCAAAGCCAGACGCUUUCUACAAGGAACUUGGCCUCGCCUAG